UAUAUAGCUUGAAGACGCAGCUGAUGCAACACUGGACUGAGAUAACACAGACAGGCAUCACGUCAGAUCGCUGUAGGCCACAGGAGCUGCUCAAAGGAGGAGACCGCAUCUCAGUCUCAUAAAGCCAGUCAGACAGGAUUUACAUACUCCUGUACAUUCACCGGUACCAGCAUGGCUGUCAUCAGAACCCUCAGCAAGGUGGCCAAGCAGGCCCUGCUCAGCACCCCGGGGUGCGGCUGCCAGCCCCUAACGGUGGCCGUACGCAACAUCAGCUUCUCCCCUCGACAGGUGACGUCCGACGCCAGUUUCCACUCCGUGUCCUUCUCAGAAACAGACCAUCCCAAGGUGCUCAUCACAGGAGGCCUUGGUCAGCUCGGGGUGGGGCUCGCCAAAUUGUUGAGGAAGAGGUUUGGAAAGAACAAUGUAAUUCUGUCUGACAUCAGGAAACCACCAAGCAACGUUUUCCACAGCGGCCCCUUCAUCUACUCCGAUAUCCUGGACUACAAGAACCUGCGGGAAAUUGUGGUGAACAACCGCAUCACUUGGCUGGUUCACUACAGCGCCCUCCUCAGUGCUGUUGGAGAGGCCAAUGUGGCCCUGGCACGUUCUGUUAACAUCACUGGGCUUCACAACAUCCUGGACAUCGCAGCGGAGCAUGGCCUACGCCUCUUUGUCCCCAGCACCAUUGGUGCCUUUGGUCCUACUUCACCCCGCAACCCUACUCCAGAUCUCUGUGUGCAGAGACCUCGCACCAUCUACGGCGUCUCCAAAGUCCAUGCUGAGCUGAUGGGAGAGUACUACCACCAUCGCUACGGACUGGAUUUCCGUUGCCUCCGCUACCCAGGUAUCAUCUCUGCUGACUCUAUGCCUGGAGGUGGCACAACAGACUACGCCGUCCAGAUUUUCCACGAUGCAAUCAAAACCGGCAAGUUUGAAUGCAAUUUGAGACCUGACACGAGGCUGCCCAUGAUGUACAUCGACGACUGCCUUCGCGCCACGCUAGAGGUGAUGGAGGCGCCGGCCGACACGCUGAGCAUGAGGACUUAUAACAUCAAUGCCAUGAGCUUCACCCCCGAGGAACUGGCCCAGGAGCUUCAGAAGCAGAUGCCCGAGCUGGAGGUGACAUAUGAUGUUGACCUCGUCAGGCAGGCAAUUGCUGACAGUUGGCCAAUGAACUUCGACGACUCCAACGCACGGAAAGACUGGGGCUGGAAACACGAUUACGAUCUCCCAGAGCUCGUCCAGACGAUGCUGAACUACUUUGGCGUGGAAACACUCAUGGCUCGUGCUAACUGAGGGAGCACAGCGACGGUCUGAGUAUUCUUUGUAUAUAAAGUAUAGACUGACCAAAGAGAAUAGAGGAACAUCAGGAACAGCUUUUCCCCAGUUUCUCGCUUCUCUCUGUAAGAUCAGAAGGGCUCUGCUUGCCUGGCACAAGGCUAUCGUUUGUCGUCAGAAUGUAAAGGUCAGUGCGGGCUAGACAAUCCUCCCCCCACUCCUGUCUAUCUACCCCUGCUUUGCUCUCUUUCCCCUUUUUCUGCUUGGAGAUUAAGGUGAAGAGCAGUCUCUCAGUGGAAGGUUAUCAGAAGUAUCUGGGAUAUCAGUGUACCCUGUGAAAACUUGUUUGGACACAGAAAAGAUGACUUGCAUGUUAAUGAAAAUGAAAUGAAAUUUUGCAAUGUUUUCUGGGCAAAACAGGAAAUGUUGUGUUGUCUAAGUGUUUUUCUUCAGAAAUCCAAACCGGUCAGGAUUUCAACAUUCAAAUUUUCAGGGACAAAAGCUCCUGGGGCUAAAAUCAAAUACCUUUUUGAUUGAGGGGUAUUCAUAUACACAAAUUGUGUCCUUUGCACUUUACAUGGAUUUCUAUCUUAAAAUUACUUACAAGUAAAUGAGCCUGUUGGGGGGAGUUGCUGAUACAGUGCAUCUGUAUUUCGAGCUGUGCGGAGCGAUAAUUCUUUUGAAUUGUUCUUCUGUUUAUUCCACAUAACAUUAUUUAUUCUGUUUGUCAGUGUUAAAUGUGUGGGAGCUUCAAGUGAAAGGUUUUCUUAACACUUUUUUUUUUUCCUAUGUGUUUCUGUCCACUUCUUGUUGUGUUUUUUUUUUUCCAUCAACCCUCUGGGAUUUAUUUUUUUUUUUUUUUUUGACACAAAAGGGAAAUCCAUAUUUCAACUUUCUGUAAAAGAAAUGUAGACACUGGUUUCUAUGUGAAGGUCUCAGCACGUUCUGCCUGCCUUUCAAUCACACAACAAGCUUUGACAAUUAAAAUUUUUCCACUUA